AUGGCUGCUAAGGUUGCGAGGGCAGCCAAUAUUUUUGUUGAUGGCCCUGAUGAUGAGGAUACCUCAGUCCCCAUCGCCCCCACACCCUCGGCCCCGGCCCCAUCGGUACACCCCAAUCCUGAUCAACCUAAUUUACGGGAGGUGUUGGAGAGGUUGGAGCGAGUCGAGAGUCGUCAGGAUACCAUCCUAAAGAACCAGGUGGUCAUCAUGGAUGCCAUCAAUAAGAUCUUGACAUUCAUACAAGAUCUACAAGUUCUAAAUGAUUCUGAUUCCGACUCACUUGACCUCCCAGAUGAUUUUGUCGUACAUGACAUAGACUACACCGACCCAACCAGGAGGAAAGCUCGUCUGGAUGCGAUUGAUGACGUGCCAUUAGUCCUUGACCCUCUGAAGAAGCCACUUGCUACACAGUACAGGACGGUCGGCAAGUGGUUUCUUGGAGAUAUUCCGAACAAGACGAAGAGAGAUGUCCAAACUGGUGUGUAUGGUCCGAGUUGGUUUUUGACGAUGAAGACACCACAGUUUUGGAUCGAUGAUGGGCAUAUUGAUGCGGCCAAGCAUAUGCUACGUAGGCGUCAACAAUUCUAUCCCGGGGCAUAUCGGCAAGAUGCUAUUGUGGUGAAUAUUAUGUUCUCACAAGUGGUACCGGCCCGUUAUGAUGCAUAUCAGAAUGCCAAGGAAGCGGAUAAGAGAAGGUUUUUGUGGGAUUCAGAUGUGAUAUCAAUGAUUACGGGAAUUGACAAUCAAUUUCUUGUGUCGUGGAAGGGAGUAGACACUGCGAAGCUCUCUCUCUCCCCCACAGUCGCCGUCGCCACCGUCUUCUCCAUCUCCGGCCACGGUAAGAUGCCACCCAAACGUAUCCCACCACUUGAGAUCCCUAUGGAGGAUCAUUAUGUCGGUCGUAUGACCUAUAGGGGUUCCGGGAGGUUAACAAAAUUGAAGAAAAGAUUUGAGGAGCAUGGAUUGUUGGGGAGGGUGAAUGAGUCUGUUUUUGGACCAUUCUUCACAGCCCCUCCCUUUUCGUUCUCUGGGGCAUUGGUUCACACACUACUUUUGCGAAAGGUCAAGUCUCCGCGUGGCGAUGAGGUGCACUUCUUGAUGGGCCCAAACUUAUGUAAGUUUGGGGUGCACGAGUUCACCAUUAUCACCGGCCUGAGCUGCUCCUGUCCACCACUUGCCGUUGACAUUGAACCUCACAUUACUUCCUCCCGCCUAGUUGAUACAUAUUUCAGUGUGGAACCCGAAAAAGACAUUCGGUUCAGUAUCUUGGAACGAGCUUUUAGUAUGUGCGAUGUACCUGAUGAUUUGUACAAGCUCGGUUUGGUUUACUUUGUGGAGGGGAUACUAUUGGGCGCUGAGAACGACAAUGCUAUUUGGCGAGAUUCAUUGUCGAUGGUCGAGGAUUUAGAUUAUUUUGAGAAGUAUCCAUGGGGAUCCCUUUCAUUCGAUACAACUGUGAAACAAUUCAAUAGAGAUAUGAAAGAGAUUGGUGGUACAAUACCAGGUAAGAAGGCGAAGAAGAUCAUUGAGGCGGAGUCUUCUAAGGGUUUUAAGGUGGAGGCAAAGUACACUUGCAAGGGGUAUCCACCAGCCUUGCAAUAUUGGGCGUACGAGACGAUUCUUGAUUUACAGAAGGAACACGCCAAGCCCUGUGGAUUCAAGUUCCCUAGGAUGCUACAGUGGGAGAGCAUAGGCCAGCCGAAGCAUUUGCAUUUGAAGGAUGUACUUGCGAGGAGACAUUUGUCAUGCAUUUCUAUCCUAAGGCCUCGACCAAAUGAGCGAGACUUCUUUGAUGCCGUAUAUCAGAGGACAGAGGGGGAUGCUCCUAGGUAUGCGAUGCUGCAGAAUAUGAUCCAGCUUGCACCAGAGGAUGGAAGACCUUACGAUCCUGAGGCAGAGGCUGUUGCGGUGGCUGAGAUAGCCGUUGAGGCUGGCAUAUUUGUGGAGGAUGCCCCGACAGAGUCUGCUCCAGAUACUAGUACAGAACCUACUUCUGCUCCUGCUCCUGCUCCUGGGGCUUAUGAGGAGGUGUUGGGUGAGAUAGCCAGACUAUCAGGUGAAGUGGACGAUGUUAAGGCCACUCUAGGUAUCGUCCUUAAAAAUCAAGAAGUCAUAUUAGAGAAGCUGGCAACACUAGGUAGUAUACCUACUCCUGCACCUACUCCUGCACAUACUCAUGCACCCACUCCAACAGAUGAUGUAGAGUACGACAUUCUCCCCUCAUGUUACGAGCCUUCUGUUGGAGAAGCCACACCUUCUCAGCCAGUGCAGACGGUCUUAGGUAAGCGUACUAGACAGAGACCAGUAAGGUACGAGGACUAUACUCCAACAGCCAAGAAACCAAAGUUCAAGGACCCAGUUACGAUCCUUCCUUUAAAGGUGUUGGAUCAAGAAAUGUUGACAACUUUUAACCGAUGGGUACUCGGUGAGAUUGAUAACAGCAGACCGAGGAAGUUGGAAUGUUGUGAUGGGACCCCUGUUUGGUUCUUGAAGUUGAAGGUGGCAAAAGAAUGGUUGGCAGAAACUCAUCUCGACGCUGCGAAUUAUCUUAUACGGAGACGUCUUUUUGAGUUGCCGAAGACGUACCCCGUGAAAGCCACCGUACUUGAUUUAUCAUUUGCACAAUAUAUUCCUGCCAGAUACGAGGAAUUCAAGAAAAAUGGCAGGACUUACCAAUGGGACUCGGACAUUCUUGAUUUCCUGAAAGGAGAUGCCAAAAAGUACAAGAAGCCUUGGGGUGAUUGCAACGAGGUCUACUUCCACUGGUGCAUGGAAAAUCGGCACUGGGUCCUUUGCGAAAUAAAUUUCGCUGAUUGGAUGAUCACUGUAUUUGACUCAGAUCAUUCUAACUUUAGCCAUAAUAAGUUGUCUGAGUUGAUGGAGCCUUGGACUAGGAUGCUUCCAUCUUUACUCAACGCUUCUGGUAUGUUUAAAGGACACCCCAAGUUAAAAAUAGCUAGACCGAAGAUCACCGUUCCAAACUUUGAUUGGCGGCGCAUGUCCACUGAUAUUGUCCCACAGUCUAGAACCAGCGGAGAUUGCGGUGUAUUCGCCAUCAAACACUUGGAGUUCAUUCUUGGAGACAUUCCCUUAUCAUAUGCCAUCGAGGACAACAUUCAGUACUUCAGGGAUAAAUUAUGCAUCGACAUUUUUUAUGAGAAUGUGUACCCUUAA